CCAGUGUGAAAAAAAAACAAUUUAAAAAAUGAAUGCGGCAGUUACUACUUCGCUCUUUUUUGUGUUUUUGUUUUUAAAAGUUGACUGUUUGAAAUUGGAAGAAGUUUUCGUACUCAGCAGACAUAAUCUUCGGACUCCUCUAACAGACAAAUUACAACAUGUCACACCAUAUCCUUUCCCGAAAUGGGAGACGAAAGCAGGUUACCUGACAUCAAAAGGAGUCUUAUUGGAAGGAUACAUGGGUGAAUAUUUCAAUGAGUGGUUGAGAAAAGAAGGUUUGUUCACGAACGAAUGUCCCAGUGAAGAUUCUGUGUUUUUUUAUUCAAAUGUCAAGCAAAGGACAAUAGAAACGGCAAAGGCGUUCGCAGAAAGUGCUUUCGAAAACUGUAACGUUAGCAUUCAUUUUAAAAAGAAUGCGACCGUGGAUCCAGUGUUUAAUCCAGUAAUAACCAACACAUCUGAAGUUUUCAAAGAAUUAUACACAGCCAGCAUGCAGAGAAAGCUUAAUGAUUUGAAUCUCAAAGACGCUUAUACAGAGUUAGAUAAAAUUAUAGAUAUAAAGAAGUCUGAUAUCUGCCAGAAACAUUCAUUUUGCGAUUUGGUCAACAGAAAAGAUGAAAUAUUGUAUAGACCGGGGAAGGAACCGGAUAUUUUCGGACCGUUGUCAAUCGGGAACUCUUUGGUAGAUUCAUUCCUGAUGAGCUAUUACAGUGGUGCUAAAACCGAAGAUAUCGCCUGGGGAAAGAUUACUACAUCGGAACAAUGGAGAAAACUAUUGCAAAUAACGUGGGAAAAUCAGAAUGUGAGAUUCAAUCACACAUUGGCGAGCGACAUCGUGAAGCACAUGUUGAAUUUCAUUAAAAACUCUUUGCUUACGGAAAAUACAGCGCGAAAGUUAACAAUGCUGGUUGGUCACGAUUCUAACCUGAAUUCGAUAAUGGCCGCGUUGAAAUUUAAAAAGUAUUCUUUGCCUGGCCAAUACGAAAUAACGCCGAUUGGCGGGAAAAUUGUGUUCCAGAAGUGGAGCGAUGAUGACAAGUAUUAUUUUUUGAAAGUGGAAUACGUUUAUCAGAGUAGAGAUCAGAUUAGAGACGGGUCCAAGUUAUCGAUGAAAGAUCCGCCACAAACCGUUUUGAUGGAAUUAACUGAUUGUAAGGUCAACGAAGCAGGUUAUUGCCCUUGGAGUUGUUUUGUUGACGUACUGAAAAAUAUAAAUUAAUUGCUUUCUUUUU